UCAGGGAGUCCGCGUCUGCGCUACCUGCUGCCGCUCAGCUUCUGACGCACCGAAGGCACGCUAAGGCGUUCCGCCAGUGAACUGACAGCGUGAGACCCAGGGAUUGAAGACGGGGAAAUCAAAGCUGUGGACAGGAUAUUCUCUUCGUUUUUAUUUUACACCAUGUCUUUGCAUCCGACUGGUGGCACCCUUAGUAGUUAAAUAAUAUUGUGCAGGAAUUUAUUUACUUGAUUAUUUAAACAGAGCAUCGCAAACCACCUAUAUCGGAUUCUGACGGUCUGCAAAAAAAAAGAAAAGAAAAGAAAAGAAAAGACUUUACAGACAAAACAUGACAGCUUUUGUUAAAACUUCGUCGACAUUAAGGUUGAUAUUGACCUUAUUCUUUCUAGGUCUCCAUCAGACAUUUUGGAAACAGACAGAUGCUAUCCACCCAGACUGUGCAAUCAUCAGCCAGCACAUGAAGGCCCAGGAGCUCUGCAUCCAAACCCGCAGAGAGGAGGCUCGCAACAAAACGCGGAGGCCAGGGUGUCGGACAGAGUGGGAUGAGAUACGCUGCUGGCACAGGGCCGACGUGGGUCAGGUGGUCAAUGUGUCGUGCUCGGAGGUGUCUCAGCUCUUCACCAACAACCAAGGCUAUAUCUCAAGGACCUGUACAAAGGAUGGCUGGACAGAACUCUACCCCUCGUACGAAGAGGCCUGUAAAUUUGGGGAGGAUGUGGAGACAGAGUCUGAGACGAUGUACUACUCGACCUUCAGGCAGGUGUACACCACGGGCUAUGCCACGUCACUCAUCUCUCUCAUAACAGCCAUCGUUGUGUUCACCGUCUUCAGGAAGUUCCACUGCACCAGGAACUACAUCCACAUGAAUCUGUUUGCCUCCUUCAUCCUACGGGCCAGCUCAGUGUUCGUCAAAGAUGGGGUGCUUUUUGCCGACGAGACCCUGGACCACUGCUUCAUGUCAACCGUUGCGUGUAAGUCUGCGGUGGCCUUCUUCCAGUUCAGCAUUCUAGCUAAUUACUUCUGGCUGCUGGUUGAGGGAAUGUAUCUGCAGACACUCCUGGCUUUGACCUUCGUCUCUCAGAAGAAAUACUUCUGGUGGUACAUUCUGAUUGGAUGGGGACUGCCAGUAUCAAUACUCACCGUGUGGGUGCUCACCAGAAACUUUUAUGAUGACAGUGGGUGCUGGGAUGACACAGAGAAUGCAGUGAUCUGGUGGAUCAUCAAGGGCCCAAUCACAGCGUCGCUGCUGGUCAACUUCAUCAUCUUCGUCAACGUGAUCCGUAUUCUGGUCCAGAAGUUAAAGUCGCCGGGGGUUGGAGGCAAUGACACCAGCCACUUUAUGAGGCUGGCUAAGUCCACCCUGUUCCUCAUCCCGCUGUUCGGGAUGCACUACAUGGUGUUCGCCUUCCUGCCGGAGAGCACGGGCGAGGCCGCCCGCCUCUACAUUGAGCUCGGCCUGGGGUCCUUCCAGGGAUUUGUUGUGGCUCUGCUGUACUGCUUCCUGAACGGAGAGGUGCAGGCGGAGAUGAAGAAGAGGAUGUGGAAGUGGCAGACGCAGGGCUACCUGAGCUUCACUAAGAGGCGCAGGACUCUGUUCACCGAGAGCAGCACUGUCACACAGAUCUCCGUGCUGGAGAAGUCCAGCCCCAAGGAGCUGCUCUCCUGCGAGUGCCACAACAGCGUCUCCUCUGUCUGA